AUGGCAAAUGCUGCCGCGAGCACAACACGGCAGUCCAACGGUUAUCCAUCUAUCGGGAAUUGCCGCGGCUCUCCACAGACGCACCAAUACGAUCGGACCAGGUCGAGUCCAGAACGCCGGCAGUCAAAAGAGGACGACGACGACGAGGAGGGAGAAAAGAGCAGUGGACGCUGCACUCCUGUUCCAAAAGGGGCUGGCCCCGAGCCAUUCGAGUACCCAUCCAACCCAGAAAGAUCACCAGUAUUGAAGACGACGGUCACGUUUGAACGCAUGGGAUCUGCCACCUAUCGCGUGUUGACUCCACGGAAUGGUUCCCCUCUUCCUAUCCCGUCGGGAGCGGCCUUUGGAGGUCGAAUCGUCCGUCCUUCGAGUGCGAGGGGACAUGCAGGUGCAAAGCCCCAUCGGUUUGUGAUUGUCGCAAACCCACCACCGAUCCCACCGUCUUUGAUCGCGAGAAGGCGAGAGGACCAACGGUCACACAAAACGUGCGCCAAGAUCGUCGUGACUCCUCCCUCUCCCGUAAGGAGAACCGCAGCGAUCCGGAAUGGAGCAUCAUAA